AUGGAGUCUAAAUUCAACCAAAACAAGACUCUUUUCUCUAUCAAAACAACCCCUUUUGACCAAUCCAACUUCCCCUUCAAGAAAAAAGAAAAAUGGAAGAAGAAAUAUCACACACACUAUUUCACCUUCUUCCUUCACCUACUCAUUUCCAUUUUCACUUAUCCAGUUCCUGUUUCCAGCCAAUCAUGGGAUGGAAUCAUCGUCACAGAUUCAGAUUUUCAAGCCCUCCAGUCUUUCAAACUGGCUCUCAUUGACCCAAAUGGGUUCUUGAAAAGCUGGAACGAUAGUGGCUAUGGAGCUUGUUCUGGAAGUUGGCAAGGAAUCAAGUGUGCUCAAGGUCAAGUCAUUGUGAUUCAGCUUCCAUGGAGAGGUUUAGGAGGUCGAAUCUCUCCCAAAAUCGGCCAGUUUCAAGCUCUCAGAAAGCUCAGCCUCCAUGAUAAUGCCAUUGGAGGUUCAAUCCCCAAGGAAUUAGGGUUCCUUGCAAAUCUCAGAGGACUUCAAUUGUUCAACAACAAGUUUACAGGUUCAAUCCCUCCUUCAUUGGGUUCAUGCCCAUUGCUUCAAACCAUCGACGUAAGUAAUAAUUCCUUGGUGGGUUCAAUUCCAGAAAGUCUUGCUAAUUGUUCUAAGCUUUACCGGGUCAACUUGACUUUGAAUUCUUUAUCUGGUUCGAUCCCUUUGCGAAUCACAAAAUCAAAUUCCCUCAUGUUUCUUGCCCUCCAGUUCAAUAAUCUUUCUGGGAUUCUUCCAGAUUCUUGGGGAAAUGGCAAAAAUGGCGUCAAAUCUAUGUUCCAAUCUUUGACCUUUGACCAUAAUUUCUUCUCUGGGGCCCUACCUGUUUCUUUAAGCAAGUUGACUGAACUUGAAGAGAUUUCACUGAGUCAUAAUCGAAUCAGUGGAAGUGUACCAAUUGAAUUUGGUGAACUUUCUAAGCUUAAAAGUAUUGAUUUUUCAUAUAAUGUAAUUAAUGGAAGCAUCCCAAGAAGUUUUUCAAAUUUAAGUCGGCUUAAUUCAUUGAAUUUGGCUCAUAACAAUCUCUCCGGCGAAAUCCCAAUUUUCUUGGGUGAUCGACUCAAUCUUACUUCAUUCAAUGUGUCAUACAACAAUCUAUCUGGUUCAGUCCCAGCACAACUUUCUUCGAAAUUCGAUUCGAGUGCUUUCAUGGGUAAUCUUGAUCUGUGUGGAUACAGCUCUUCAACCCCGUGUCCCAUAUCUCCUCCUCCUUCCACCACCCCAUCUCCGCCAUCAAACCACCGUGAUGGUGGAAACAAACUAAGCACCAAAGAAAUCAUCCUCAUAGCUGCAGGUGCUUUGAUAGCCAUUCUACUGUUGAUUUGCUGCAUACUCCUUUGUUGCUUGUUCAAGAAAAGGGAAGGAGCUAAACAGAAGGAUGCCGAAGGUGGUGGCCGCAGCGCCACUGCGGCAAAGGCGGUGGGGGCGGCAGCACCUCAGGUCGAGGUGGCUGGAGAGACAGGAGGGAAGCUUGUACACUUUGAAGGUACAAUGGGCUUCACUGCUGAUGAUCUUUUGUGUGCAACGGCUGAGAUCAUGGGGAAAAGCACUUAUGGGACUGUUUAUAAGGCAACUUUGGAAGAUGGAGAUCAGGUUGCAGUAAAAAGAUUGAGGGAAAAGAUCACUAAGAAUCAAAGAGAAUUUGAAAUUGAAGUAAAUUUGCUUGGGAAAAUCAGACAUCCAAAUCUGUUGGCAAUGAGGGCUUAUUAUUUAGGACCAAAAGGGGAGAAACUUCUUGUUUUUGAUUACAUGCCCAGAGGAAGCCUUGCUACUUUUCUCCAUGCUCGAGGGCCUGAAACACCGGUAGAUUGGCCAACACGGAUGCGAAUAGUGAAAGGAAUGGCUAGAGGUUUGCUUAGCCUCCACAACCAUCACAAUAUAAUUCAUGGAAAUCUAACCUCGAGCAAUGUUUUGCUGGACGAAAACGUGAACCCCAAGAUUGCGGACUUUGGGCUGUCACGGCUCAUGACGGCUGCUGCGAACUCGAACGUGAUUGCAACCGCUGGCGCGCUCGGGUACCGGGCUCCCGAGCUUUCCAAGCUCAAGAAAGCUAAUACAAAAACGGAUAUCUACAGUGUGGGUGUGAUCAUGUUAGAACUCCUAACGGGGAAAUCACCGGGAGAGGCCAUGAAUGGUGUCGAUUUGCCGCAAUGGGUGGCUUCGAUUGUGAAGGAAGAGUGGACGAAUGAGGUUUUCGAUCUCGAAUUGAUGAAGGAUGCUUCUGCAAUCGGUGAUGAGUUGUUGAAUACUUUGAAACUGGCUUUGCAUUGUGUGGAUCCAUCGCCAUCUGCUCGGCCGGAAGUUCAGUUGGUUCUGCAGCAGCUGGAGGAGAUCAGGCCGGAAACCGCCACGAGUUCCGGUGACGAUGGCGGUGCUGGACCUUCAAUGAGUGAGUGA